CCUCAAAUUGUACAAGACAUGGAGGAGCCUCAAACUGAAUCUGUUGUUCUGAAUGUGGAGUCAACAGCUUCCCAACGUCAAUCUGAUCCUGCUAAAGACACUCAACCUGAUGUUAUUCGUGUUGUUGAUGAAGCCCUACCUGCAACUGAUAAGAAGGAGAAGCACAAGGGUCCUACGUCUGGUAAGGUAUUCUCGGAGUGGUGGAAACACUACAACAAGCUAACAAUGGAUGGCAAGCAAAAAGCUGAGUGUAAGUAUUGCAAGAAGAAGUUGGUUGGAGACCCAUUAAAUGGAACAACUCAUCUGAAGAAUCAUUACUAUCAGUGUCCUAAAGUGAAGUAGCCUAUAGAUAUAAAAACAACAACUCCUGCAAGGAAAUUUGAAUAAGGAUAAAUUCCAGUU